AUGGCAGCGAAACUAGCGCUCCAAGAGGCGCGGGCUAACACCAUCUCAACUUUGACUGCCAACUCAAAGAACUUCAACACUAUGGACCUCUCAACCGCUAUCGACACAAGGGAGUUGCUUCGCACGGCAUGGUCAAAGUUCGAUGCUGAACACGACCGCAUCGUAUCGUCAUCUCGCGAAACAGCCAUGGAACAGUCCUACUUCAAGGAAAAUCGCUACGAUGCGACCAUGCAGACAUAUCUAGGCGGAGACGGUACUUCCCAACAUCUCAAUACCGAAGUUCUCCAGUGCCUUCUCAGAGUGGAAACCCUUUAUGGAACUGUUUUCCUCAAUGAUCAAGGACAACUCAGACCUCUCACAAGUGGAGAAGCAUAUCAGCUUACGUCUGUCACAUACGGUACGCGCUCGGCUCCUUAUCUAGCCUGUCGCAUUCUUAGACAGCUCGUUGAAGAUGAAGGUCAUAAGUAUCUUCUCGCGGUCAACCCUAUUCUCAAGGGAAGCUAUGUUGACGACAUAUCAGGGGGGGCAGAGACUAUUGAUAAUCUCAAUGCCGUAGCAUCUCAGUUAGAAGACAUGUGCUCCUCUGCCUGUUUACCACUUGACAAGUGGAAAAGUAAUUCUYCUAAYYUCACUCGCACCUCUCKCUCACAGUCUGACAGCUCGCCUGUUCAUUCGUUCGAUGAUAGCACUACCAAGAUUUUAGGCAUCUCCUGGAACUCUCAGAAAGAUGUGUUUUCUUUUCACGGUACCAUCUCUUUCMWUCAAGCUGUCACGAAACGCAUCAUUCUCUCCGAAGUUGCCCAAUUGUUUGAUCCUCUUAGACUCCUCUCUCCGGUAGUGAUCAAAGCGAAARUCCUCAUGCAGCGACUCUGGUUGGAAAAGGCGACCUCAGUACAGGUUCAUGGCUUCUCAGACGCCUCUCAACUUGCUAUGGCAGCAGUUGUAUAUCUCAGGGUGUCGUAUGCUGACUCAUCUUCAGUAGUCAGUUUGRUCUGUGCUAAGACGAAAGUAGCUCCUCUCAAGARGUUGACCAUUCCUAGACUUGAACUCUCAGCAGCGGCUCUGCUAGCCAGGCUGACCGCAAAAGUAAUUAGACUUCUCGACCUCUCGGACGUUCUUACUUUUCUGUGGUCUGACUCUUCUGUGACCCUUGCAUGGGUCAAAACCAAUCCUAUGAGAUGGAAGGAAUUCGUAGGCAAUAGGGUAGCCGCUAUUCACGAGUCUGUACCCCAUGCUCAUUGGWGAWUCAUSYCYGGAAAGCUCAAUCCAGCUGACUGUGCAUCUCGUGGUCUCAGUGCAUCCAACUCAUUGAUCACCCACUAUGGUGGAGUGGUCCACUAUGGCUUUCUCAGUCGCCAGAAUUUUUGCCCUCAUCUGGAGAAGGCAAAAUCGUUCUUGAUACGCGCGACUCAAGAGGCGUAUUUCUCACCAGAAUUGAGAACGUUGUCGGCACAACAAUCUCUCAACAAACGUCACGUUUUGACGCGACUCACCGCCUUUGUCGAUUGUGCUGGAAUUCUCAGGGUUGGUGGACGGCUGCAAAAUUCUCAGCUGGAUGAUGAUAGUAAACAUCCAGCAAUACUACCUC